AUGGCUCUGCGGGUGCUGCACAGGUCUUCUUCUUCUUCUUCUUCGAUCUUCUCCUCUGACGGCUUCUUUCGGGUGCAGGAAGGGGGGUGGCCGCUCGGGCUGCGGCGGCUCGGGGUGAGGAUCGGCCUGCGGAGGAGCGGAGACCUCUCCGGCUCCAUGUCCUUCAGCACCCUCAUCUCUGCCUCUCCGACUUCCUCCAUCGGUUCUUCUUCUUCUUCCUCCGACUCCGAUACCCAGGCGGUGAGGAAACGGAGGAUCUCUCAGGUUCGCCGCUGCCGCCGUAAUCUCACCUACCGCCGAUGCUAACGCCGCCGUGCGACUCUGCAGUCCUUAGGUUCCUUCUUCCGCGACGGCGGCGCCACCACCCUCGGGAGACUCAUGGAGCUCUCCGGCGCGUUCUUCCGCAGCGGCAGCGGAGAGGGGCAGCCCCCCGCGGGGGGACGCCGCAGGAGGCCCAGGAACUGGCUCCUCCUCCGUCCGUGCACCAGGGCCACCGCCGCCGUCGCCGCCGGCGACGACGUAGAGCCCGGCGGCGGCGGUGGCAGAACGCCGUCCCUCGGGCACUUCCUACAAGCGGAGAGACGGGCCGGCCGUCGGAGCCAGGCGGAGCCCUACUCCUCCCUCUACUCCAACGGCGGCGAGGCGGCGAGCCCGGCGGCGGCGCCGCCUGGGAAAAGACGUCGGCUCUCGUGUAUGGGAGUUGUCCUCUGCGGAGACUGCCGGAGAUAG